AUGGACACCUCGGAGCCUAUACCGGCGUCUCUGCCCCCAUCACCGUCCUCUUCUCAGCUACACCACCUCCGUGAGGACAAGAUCCCCCAAUCAAGCUUUCUUCCUUUCGAACCAUCAUCUCUACAACCGGAAUCUGCCACUCGCGCUAGAUCGCAGGAGCUUCGAGACACUGUUGUAGCCACGCUAAGCGGCGCGUCGCUGGGAUUGACCUCUCUUGCCUUCGACGCCUCUGACAGUGGCACGCAGAUAAUACCUACUCUGAACCCUUCACGACCCGGGUCACCCACGAUGAGGGCACCGAAAUCAAGGACACCGCGACCCAAUACCCUGGACGGAAUGAGAACACCCUCCGGAGUGCAGCCUUCCCCGGAACCUGUCCGACCACUUGAUGUCACCGACGCGCUGAGCUAUCUGGAUGCUGUAAAGGUGCAAUUUCAAGAGAAACCGGAUGUGUACAAUCGCUUCUUGGACAUUAUGAAAGAUUUCAAAUCUCAGGUCAUUGAUACACCAGGUGUAAUUGAACGAGUCUCUAUGCUCUUCCAUGGGAACCCCGAACUUAUUCAAGGCUUCAAUACAUUCCUGCCCGUCGGGUACCGUAUCGACGUUUCUGCGGACCCUAUGGACCCAAAUUUGAUCACUGUUACGACACCGUCUGGGACCACAACACAAAGUACCACAUCCUUCGCGCAGAUCCCCUCGGGGUCUCAUGGGAUCGGGUCACUUGUCCAUCCUUCCAUGCCUUUUCCCGGGCAACCAUUGGGUGCACCCGGUUCUCGAUCCAUGACGCCACAGCAAUACCAUGUUGUUCAAGGUCAAUCCCCUGUAGACCCAAGUUACUCAACUGGGACCACCGCUGCUGCGUCGUUCUUAGGGAAUCUGAACGGGAAAGGUGGAGGCGAUGUUGAGCGCCGCCAGGGUGCGGCUGUGUCGGGCGAGUUUCACCACGCCAUUGAAUACCUCAACAAGAUCAAAGCCCGCUUUUCUGAUGACGCGAAUACCUAUAAACAGUUCCUGGACAUAUUGCAAUCCUAUCAGAAGGAGCAGCGCAAAAUUGAAGAGUCACAAGUCUAUGUUCAGGUGCAGAUGCUCUUUAAAGACGCCCCAGACCUCCUGGCCGAGUUCAAAGACUUUCUUCCCGAGGUCGGUGCUGGCGGAGCCCUGGGUUCGAACGCUAUUGGCUUAAUGCCUGCCCCGGGGCACCCUGACUCUCCGUGGGCCCAGCCAAGCGUGGCGGACAAGUCGAAGAAACGCGUCCCUGUUGUUCCGCCUAAACGAAGAAGACGACCCGCGGAGAAAGAGCCUACACCUGUUCCUGUCCCACCGCCCCCUAAGCCCGCUCAGAGUCGCUCGAAGAAGCCAAAACACAAUCACAAAGACCCCGAUUCCCCUGUGUUCUCACCUUAUGCGGGGCCUGCUUCCCCUCAGCUCGUGUCUGCCAUCCCUCCUAUGGGAAUGCCCCCUUCACAGCUUUCGGCUCAGAACAUACAUCCCCACCAUCACGCCAGUUCUCACGUCCUUGGCCAUGGUACUGCUACCUCACCUGACAAGUUACUCUUCUUCGAUCGAGCAAAGAAAGCUCUGGAAAACCGUGAAAUAUAUGAAGAAUUCCUUAAACUUCUCAGCCUAUUCUCAAAGGAUGUUAUUGACUCGAAGACUCUCAUUGAACACGCCCAGGUCUUUCUCGGAGACGGAGAUCUAAUGGUGGAAUUUAAGGAGUUGAUAGGCUGGGAUGCUGAACGCGGGAUCGAGAACGGCCCUCCCGGAAGUAUUCGAACCGGACCCCCUGAAGCUUUGUCCGCAUUGCCUGUCGACGAUGGAGAGGGCCCUAGCUAUCGCCGACUGCCGGACAGUGAGGUGCGAUUGGCAUGUUCCGGACGAGACGAAUUGUGUCGCUCUGUCCUUAACGACGCGUGGGCCUCCCAUCCAACAUGGGCCUCCGAAGAUUCCGGGUUUGUGGCCCACAAAAAGAACACAUUUGAGGAGGCGCUGCACAAGAGCGAGGAAGAGCGCCACGAAUACCAUGUCCAUCUCGAGGCCCUUAAAAGGACGAUCUCGCUCUUUGAGCCCGUGGGGGCCCGCCUCGAGGGCAUGACAGCCGAGGAGCGAUCGACGUUCAAAUUGAAGGCGAACUUUGGUGGCCCAAGCAAGUGUCUUUACCACAGGACCAUAAGGAAGAUAUAUGGACGCGAUGCUGGCGCAGAAGUCAUCCAGGCCCUGCAGGAUUGUCCCAGUGUCUCGGUCCCGGUGGUACUUGCUCGCCUGAAACAAAAGGACGACGAAUGGAGACGUGCUCAGCGAGAAUGGAGUCGCACAUGGCGCGAAGUGGACGCAAAGAAUUUCUACAAAUCUCUCGACCAUCAGGGGAUCAGCUUCAAACAAAACGACAAGAAAGCCAUCACCGCAAAAUACUUCGUCGCCGAUAUCGAAUCCUCGAAGGCUCAACAGAUGGAGGCUCAGAAGAGCGUUGAAGCCCCUGCGUUCACGCGUGGCUCCGUUGGUUACCAAAUCGAAUACGAUUUCCAGGAUAUUUCGGUUUUACACGACUCCCUCAAGAUGGUGUAUUCGUUCCUGGAUCAUUCCCAAGGCACCUACACCCCUCAGGAAAGGCGAGGCGCUGAGAAGUUUCUCAGGUCAUUUGUGCCCCUCCUGUGUAGGUACCCUGCAGCUGAAUUUAACGAAGCAUGCGGGCCGCUGGAUGGUGCUGAUGACGAUAACUCAAGUCAUGAUCUAAGUGGACCCGGGGAACCCCAGCGGAACAAGAAAGCCAAUCCUCCUUCUAACGCGGUAACUGCCGGUGAUUUGAGGAAGAAGCUUCUAAAGAGCGCACAAGAGAAGAUAUCCGGGAGGGAUAGCAAGGGUUCGUCCGCCGUUGGGUCUCGUGCCGCGUCGCCCGCAGCUUCGUCUGUGGCAUCUCGAGCGGAUGAUGAACUCAAAGCUGCGUUGGGCGAUCACGCCGAAGAUGUUUGGAUCCGAGCGUCCACGAGUAGCCCACAAGGCAUUGAUGAACCCCCGACUAUGGAAAGUGGAAGACCCAUUUUUGCAAAUACAACGUUCUAUACGCUGUUACGCUUACUCCAGCUGCUCUAUUCUCGUCUGCUUACCUGCAAGCUAAUUGGAGUACAAUUGGCCGCAGAAAAACAUAGACCGUUACUCGCGAAUCCGGUCGCUGCCGAGCUUGGUUUGGAUGAUCCCAACGGGCCGUCUGCUGUACUCGCGCAGGCGAUGGAAGCCAUGGGCGAACAAGGCGUCGCUGAAGGAUCCAACGUGGUGUACAUGUAUCUGUUGGACGCUUGCGAGAAGGUCUUUGAUGGUGAACUAGACCAGUCAACCUUUGAGGAACACAUGAGGUGGUUUUUCGGGAAUAAGGCCUACCAUGUGUUCACUUUGGACAAGUUGAUAACCGCCUUGGUGAAGCAGGUACAUACCAUCCUAUCGGAUAACAAGUGUCAAGAACUGUGGACACUCCUGCAAUACAUGCAGACUGCUGAUGCCUUGACAAAUCGAGAUAUCGUACGUUAUCGACGCGAAGCCGAACGACAUGUUGGUCAAGAUGAUCAUCUUUACAAGAUCAAAUGGCUUAUUGGUGCCGAUGAUCCCAGUGUCGAUGGGGGUACAUCGAUGGUCCAUCGAUGGCGAGAAUACGUUGACACGUAUGUGAUGCACUAUCCCACCGAGUGGGUGCCCGAAAUGAAGGAGCAAGACCAAAGUAGUGCUGUGUUUCUGCGAAGGAAUCUCCGAGCUUCCGAAGAGACGCCCUCCCACUGCUCUGGUGGGACGGUAAUCCGCAUAGGGCUGCCCACGUACAAGCUGAUGUAUGAGUUCGGGACUGAGGACUGCCUAGUGCAUGUGUGGUGCGCGGAGGAGCUGGCGACACUGCGUGAAAGGGCACGAGCACGCCACGAAGAACGGAAAAGAUGCCGCUGGCUACAGCAAUGA